CAGUAUUUGACAGGCGGGCGCGCGGCGUUUGUAAACACUAGCGUGGGGUGUCGGUGUAGACGCCGUAUUUGAUGCAGGUCAAGUGUUGACUUGACUUUCUUGAUGGGUUUUUUGUUAAAUCUCAGGUGUCAUUUUAUCAAGAGUAAAGCUGGGCACGGUGCUGAUACUUUUUUGGCUCUUGUCAAAAGUUUCUUGCAAGCGAAAACCAUGGCUUUAGCAGUCUGCCUCAGCUAACAUGCUAACAGCAGGAGCAGUAGCGGGGCUGUCCGGAAGUCCGGCUGCUUCAUCUGAGAGCGGCCCGGCAUGCAAAUAGUGCAUUCCCUCGGAAGAUCCUUGCUUCGACCGGGACUACAGCUUCUCGGGGUCCAGCGGAGGUGUCUCUGUGCAGCACAGAGCAGCGGCUCUCUGACACUCGCUGACACACCACAGCAGGCAGACAUGAUCCGGAGCCGGGCUCAGAUCAGGCGGGUGCUCUGCGUAGCCGAGAAGAACGAUGCAGCGAAAGGCAUCUCAGAGAUCAUGUCCAGCGGCAGAGCCAUGAGGAGGGAAGGACUAUCAAAGUUUAACAAACUCUAUGAGUAUGACUAUCACCUCUUUGGUCAGGAUGUCAAAGUAACAAUGACAUCGGUUUCAGGUCAUUUACUAGCCCUGGAAUUUAAAGCACCUUUCCAAAAAUGGCACAGUUGCAAUCCUGUACUGCUAUUUGAUGCUGAGGUGGAGAAGUAUUGUCCGGAUAACAUGGUACAAAUCAAGCGGACACUAGAGAAAGAGGCAAGGCAGUGCCAGGCUUUAGUCAUCUGGACUGAUUGUGACAGAGAAGGAGAGAACAUUGGUUUUGAAGUCAUAGAUGUCUGCAAAGCAGUAAAACCCAAUUUACAAGUUUUCCGGGCUAAGUUUUCUGAAAUUACCCCCAAUUCCAUUCGGAGAGCUUGUGAAACUCUGACUGAGCCAGAUGUUAACAUCAGUGAUGCUGUUGAUGUACGUCAGGAGCUUGACCUGCGGAUAGGUGCAUCCUUCACUCGAUUCCAGACACUUCGCCUGCAGAAGAUCUUUCCAGAGGCUCUGGCCAAUCAGCUGAUCUCGUAUGGCAGCUGUCAGUUUCCUACGCUGGGUUUUGUGGUGGAGCGUUUCAAAGCCAUCCAGGCCUUCAUACCUGAGACUUUCUAUAAGAUAAAGGUGCUGCAUGAGGUCGAAGAGGAAAAUGUAGAGUUUAGCUGGAAAAGAAACCGUCUCUUCAACCACACGGCCUGCCUGGUGCUCUACCAGAUCUGCAUGGAGGAUCCCAUAGCAACAGUCACCUCAGUAACCAGCAAACCCAAGAGCAAGUGGAGACCGCUGCCUUUGGACACUGUGGAAAUGGAGAAACUGGCAUCUCGGAAGCUAAGAAUAAGUGCCAAAGAGACUAUGAAAAUUGCAGAAAAACUCUAUACUCAAGGGUUCAUCAGCUACCCCCGCACUGAGACAAACAUUUUCCCUGCAAACUUGGCUCUCGGCCCUCUGGUGGAGCAGCAGAGUCACAGCCCAGUCUGGGGGACGUUUGCACAGCGGGUGCUCGAUCAGCCUGGGGGCCCCAACCCACGACAGGGCAAGAAGUCUGACCAAGCCCAUCCCCCCAUACACCCCACAAAGUACAGCAGCACACUGCAGGGAAAUGAAGGACGUGUUUAUGAGUUCAUUGUUAGGCACUUCCUGGCCUGCGUAUCCCAGGAUGCUUUGGGGCAGGAGACGGUGGUGGACAUAGACAUUGCUCAGGAGAAGUUCUCCACCUCAGGACUUAUGAUCAUUGCAAGGAACUACCUGGAUGUUUACCCAUAUGACAGAUGGAGUACCAAGGUGAUUCCGGUGUAUGAACACGGCUCCCAGUUUCAGCCUUCUGCCAUCGAGAUGGUGGAUGGACAGACGAGUCCUCCUCAGCUGCUCACUGAAGCUGAUCUCAUAUCACUGAUGGAGAAGCACGGCAUUGGCACAGAUGCGACUCACGCAGAGCACAUUGAGACGAUCAAGAGUCGCAUGUAUGUCGGCUUGACGGCGGACCAGAGAUUUCUCCCUGGAGAGCUUGGAAUGGGGCUGGUGGAGGGUUACAACUCCAUGGGUUAUGAGAUGUCCAAACCAAACCUACGUUCUGAAUUGGAGGCAGACCUGAAGCUGGUGUCUGAGGGCAGGAAGGAAAAACGGAGCGUGUUGCUUCACCACAUCCAGAAAUACAAAGCUGUCUUCAUCGAGUCUGCCAAGAAGGCAAAGAAGUUAGACGAAGCCCUGUCAACAUAUUUGGGUGCAGCUCAUGAGAUCACUGAAGAAGAGCAGCUGGACAUGGAGAUCCCAUUGCCGGUCAGGAAAUGUCCACACUGUGGUCGGGACAUGGUGCUGAAGAAGAAGAGGGAGGUAAACAGUAAGUACCUGUCCUGCUCGGGUUUCCCAGCCUGUAAGACGGCAGUGUGGUUCCCUGACACAGUGCUGGAGGUCAGCAGGGAUGACAGCAUUUGUCCCACCUGUCGGCCACAUCCUGUUCACAUGUUGAACUUUAAGUUCCGCAGGGGCAGCCUCCCUCCAAUGAUGUCUUUAGAAUUUGUUGGCUGCAUUGGAGGUUGUGACGAGACGCUCCGAGAGGUGCUGGACCUGAAAUACCUCAGAGCAGCAGGAGGAGGAGGGGGGCGUGGAAUGGGAGGAGGUGGAGGAAGAGGUGACUCUCGACCACCAGCACCGAGGCCCCGCCGGCAAGAGCAGCCCAGACCACGAUCCAAUCCUCAACCGUCCCUUCCUCCUGUCCCCUCCUGGAAUCCUCAGCCUCGAUCUCCCCCAGGCGGAGGCCAGAGAAGUGUUGACCCCAACAGUGAUGCUAUUGUGUGCAACUGUGGUCAGGACGCACUUCUCCUCACUGUGCGAAAAGACGGUCCUAACCAGGGGCGUCAGUUCUACAAGUGCAACGCAGGGAGCUGCAACUUCUUCCUGUGGGCGGAUCAACCAAAUCAACCCGGAGCACCGCAGAGUCAAGGGCUUCCACGUCCACUGCCCGCGCCAAAGACUGUGCAGACUCCAAGGCCUUCACUGGGGUUCAGCAACACAUUUGGAGGCGGUCAGGGGCCAGAAGGGGGUGAUGGAGGACAGACGAUGUGUAACUGUAAUGAGACAGCAGUGACACGCACGGUGCAGAAGGAUGGUCCAAACAAGGGCCGGAUAUUCCACACCUGUGGGAAACCGAGAGAACAGCAGUGUGGCUUCUUCCAAUGGGCUGAUGAGAAUGUACCUCCACCAGGUGGUUUUGGUGGAGGCUUUAAUGGCGGCAGAGACGAAGGGAGGAGGGGGAGAAAGACAACGGGAGGGUCCGCCCCUAACAAACCUCCAGCUGCUAAGAAAGCCCGUACUUGUGGCAUCUGCCACAUGCCUGGACACACUCGUGUCACCUGUCCACAGCGGUGACAGCAGCACUGGGGUGAAGACGCAAACUGUGAAGCUGCUCUAGAGGUGAAUGUCAUUUAAAUCUGUGACAAAUCAGUUUUGUUUUGUUUUUUUCAAUAUGCAAUGUCUGAUUUUUGGUACCUCUUUACAUGGAACUGGAUUAAACACGCUUUUCAGUGGGAACAAUAAAGGUUUCGAGGACUAGACCAAACAAACAACCAGGUGCAACCAGGUGACUGGCUGAGCACAUGGUGAUGCCAGAGCUGAGUUUGUGUCCUGAACUAUCUCUGUAACGUCUGUGCCUCUAAAGUCCUAUAAUGAAACAGCUUUAAUUUGUACAGAAACUGAAUUAUAGAAAAAACAAAUAACUCACAGAUCUAUUCUGUAAUAUGCACCCAAUAUUUUUUUCAAAAUCUUAAACAUUUCCUUUUAAAGCUUAAUGCAGCCAACACAAACGGAUGCAUGCAAUAAGCUUUAAACUCUGGUCGUCUUUCUGUGUUUUUAUUGUGUCAGAGGAGAAAAACUGAACAGGUUUUAAAAUGUGUGAGCAUUUGUACCUUCAGUAACCUGAAAGUGCUUCGCAGCUGAUGAGAAAUGUGCUCAACUGGCCUUUGCUCCCGUGUCUGAGUUAUUCCCGUUUCUCUAUUCACAGUCCUGACUGAGAUCAGAAGGAGGAACAUGAUUCGCUCACAGGAGAUUUGCUGUCUUUAAAUGUGUGGGUUUUAAUCAGUUCUAUGUGCAUUGCUGGAUUUGUGGAGGAGCUGUUGGAAUAAACACUGACGUUUGUUUUUAAUACUGUAAAUUUGACAAGUGCACAGAGACAUAAAAACUGGUUGGUUUCAGCAGUUGUUUGUAUGUUUUAUCAUUGUUAAUUUUAAUAUUGAUGUAUAAUAAACUUUAAUCCAUGGUUUACA